AUGGAGUCUUCGACCGGGCAGAAGCUCAAGAAGCCAAGGAGUCGCAUUGCGUGCAAGCGAUGUCACGACCGACGCGUACGCUGUGAUGUUGCCGCCAAAGGACCGCCAUGUUCUGGCUGCGUCGCAUCGAAACAGGCCGAGCACUGUUGUCUUCUCGAUUCUCGUCGCGCCCGAGCCCUCAAUGGCCGCUUCUCUUCCCACGGCGCUUCUGCCUUUGAGCGAAGGUCUGACGUCUCUUCUUGGUCGUCUUCAGCAGAUCCAGGACAGGCUCUCUCGACGGGAGAUGGUGAACUCACCUCUGACACCGCAUCGAGGACCCGGAUGAACAACAUCGUCGGCGGCAGAGACGUUGUCUCGCCUCCAGAGACAGAGACAGCAUCUAUUGAGAGACCAUCCCAGCGGAGGCUCUCAAUGGCCACCGAGGUUCAACACUCACCUGAUAGCGAUGCGGAUCAAUGGUCCAAGAUGGUAUCGGGAGAGGAGACGCGCAUCGUCAAUGGCGGGAGGGUCACCUACCUCGGAGAGUCGUGGACAUUGUCGUAUGUACUCCAGUGGAAAUCGAGAGAUCGGUCGGCGUCCGGAGGAAACCGGCCCCAAUUCUCACCUGAGCCCGGUCUUCACGUCGGCGUACCGUUUGGGGACCAAGACUCCCCAUCGCAGAGGUCCGAGCUAGCAUCAGUAGUAAUGCCGGAAGACCAUCUACCGAGAGACACUCAGGAAGCUCUUAUCACCGCAUACUUUGACCACAAUCACAGCCUCUACCCGAUCAUAUCACAGCAAGAUUUCCGGACGGCACUCUUCUCCAGAACGAUCUCACCCCUGCUGCUUUGCUCGGUGCUUUACGCCGGAGCUCUACACGUGCCCGAUUCGGUGGUGUAUCGCGCAAAGUACGAGAGCAGGCAAGCUUGUCUCACGGAUCUCUAUUCAAGGGCCAAAAGGCUCUUCUUUGGCGACGAUGCCGAGGACCAGCUUGCAAAAGUGCAAGCUGCUUUCUUGCUGCAUAAUAUGUGGCAAGGGCCCAAUUCCACGAUGGAUCCCUGGACGUGGCUGGGGAUGGCGAUCCGCCUAGCACAGAAUAUGGGCAUGCACAGGACGACCGCCAAGUCGGCACUCAAACCAGAAGACAGAAAGCUGUGGAGGAAGAUCUGGUGGAGUCUAUAUUCAAGGGACAGGCAAAUGGCUAGUUCAUUGGGGAAGCCACCCAUGAUUCGAGACAGAGACUGCGAUGUCGAAGCUCUCUCAACUGAGGACUUUGACGAUGACGAUUUGCCCGAAAUUAAGAUCUUCGUGAUGGAGCAAGCAAAGUUAGCAAAGCUAUUCGGCGUUGUGAUCUCGACACACUUCGCUCCUGGACCGCGUGAGACCGUAGAGCCUGGAAGUCAAAUGCAACUGAGAGAGGAGAUACUCACUCUUCGUGAAGCUGUCCCGGCUUGUCUGAACUAUCAACGACUAAAACCCCUCGAAUCAGCGCCCCUGCAAGCUCUUUUGCUGGAAGUGCUGUUCAAGUAUGUCACCUCUGUCAUGUUCUGGUUGACGCCGAAUUCCGAGGCGAGUAGUAAAAGUGAAGCUUUGUGGAAGAUCCCUUUUGAGGCCGCUCGCAACAUCACUCGGAUGACGGAGAAUAUUAUGAACUUUCGAUCCAUCCACCAUUGCCCUCUCUUCCUGACAUCUGCACUAUUUGGAGCAAUGACCAUGCAUACCAUCAAGGGUGCGGGUGCCGAAUCUCAACUCGCCAUCUGCAUGAUUGCCAUGCGCGAGCUGUCGACAAAGUACUUUGCUGCUGGCUGGAUCCGCAACAUGUUUCAAACCCUCAACGAGAAGAAGAUCCGGCGUGCCUGCGAGUCUGCUAAUGUAACCAGAUGUCCGUCGCCGGAUCCGCGCCGUCAAGAGCAUCAAGAUAUCGACACCCUUCCACAGAACCACGCAACCCCUGACAGGGCUGCAACUGGCGGAGAUGCAACUCAAGAGGGGCCCGAAGGGAAGUUGACGAAUGACGCAAUGAAUUGCGGGAACGAUGUCUAUACUUCUACACAACCCAAGACCUCGCCUAUGGUUUCGACGAGCCCACUGAAUUUCGGACCGUCGCCGACCUGGCCUGCUCCCCCCAUACCUCCCGGCGCAGGUUUCAACGCUAUGCAAGGGAUGGGCGGUAACUUUGGGAUGACCUUUGACCAAGCUACUGUUGACGGCAGCGUCUUUGGGUUUAUAGACCCGGACUUGGCCGCGUGCUGGCAAGACUUGCUCGUGUAUGAUAAUCCGUUCGGCAACCCUUUGGGUCACGGCUUGGAGAGAUUUGAGCAGUGA